ACAGAAUCAAACAGUUUACAAUUCCGUGAAGAAACGAUGGCGAUAUGCCCAAAAUACCGCAGGCUGUCCAGUUGUGACGGAAAUGACAAAGUUGGCAAAUUUCGAUGUUGUUUCCACUCCCGCUCAUCCGUAAGGUUUCGGCCUAUGAUUUCCAGGUAACAAGAAUGACGAAUAAGGAAACAAUCUUAGAGGGCAGCGAGGAUGAAGAGAUGGAUGAAUGCUGGCUGAAGAGUUUACUUAAUUAAAUAUUUAAUUGUAAUACCUUAACCCUAACUCCCUAAGCUUAGUGCCACUCUAAUUUGCACUCGAUUCCUGUCUUCUCAACACCAUCAUAGUUUCAGAUGGAAGCAGAACCGUUAACGACUGAGGCAAUUGCUCUCACAGAGAAAAAAAUGGACAUGACGCUUGAUGAUAUCAUCAAAAUGUCGAAAAAUGAUUCAUAUAAAGUUAAGAAUGGGAAGCAAAGAGUGUCAAAUAAAAGCCAUAAGUUUUAUAAUAAUGGUGCUCACGAUAAGUCUGACAAGUUCAAGAGGUUUAUGGAAACAAAAUCAUCUCUUAGACAGGGAAAUCUUGCCAAAAGGAGAUCGAGUAUUCAUGACAACCAAUUCCCAUGGAUAACUCAGGCAGCCAGAAGGGCUGCAGUUGCUCCUAUUCGCAGUAGAGGCUUCAAUCGAAGCAGGGUUGCUGCUCCGCGGGUGCACAGCAAUUUCACCAGCAAGGUUGGCUUCUUUGUUAAGCAACAGGCGCAGUACAAGCUGAAGCCUAUCACAAAGCAGAAGCUUCAGACAUUAGAUUCAUUGUUUGCAAAUAUGCAGGAGCAAAGAAUGAAGACCUUGAGCUUGUCUCAACAACACACCUAUGCUGCAAGAAGAAAUGGCAGUGACGGGAAGAGCAUUGUGCCACCACCUUGGGCAAGAGGCUAUUUCGAGAACUGAUAAUCUAAUGCUUCCCUCACCCUGUCCACAAUGGUGUUUGUAGGGACUACUUUUUAGCAGUAGGUUUUUGGAUGCUUCUGUUACCCAAAUUUUAUUAGGUUUAGGUUAAAACUUCAAUGCCAAUCAGAAUUAUUAUUUUUUGGUUGGAAUGAAUUGACCAUCGCAUA